GGGUAUCAUAGCUAGUUCUAUAUAAAUUAAAUGGGCAUUAUUUCGUUUGAAUACGAGACUUUUACGUAUCUAAUAACAUUAUUCCGAUGUUAUUUCAUUACAAAACCGUGACCGCCAAUCCAUUAUUAUAUUGUAAUAUCCACUGCCAGUACUGUUUGUGCAAGUGUAAAGUGAACAUUCAUGGCACAAAAACUAGUAGAAUCACAACAUAAUGAGCCAGAUUUUACCGAAAAUGUUACUGAGAAAAAGAAAAAGAAUGAGGCAUUCAACAUUUUUCGAUCAAAUUUAAAGUCAGCGACAUACGAACCUGUACUAUUCCUGUACCAAUUGUGUUACAUGAUCACAAUCGCAACAUCCCAAAACGUGAUGCUCGAGAAAGCAUGCAGAGUGGACUUAGACCUCGGGAACAACAUCUGCACCUCUCUCAGACUUCAGAACCAAAGUGAAAGCCUCAAGCACCACGAAGAAAUUCUGCAGAAAUAUGUAGCUCCCAGUGUCACUCUGAGAACAUACACUAUUCUUACUGUUCCAUGCAUACUACUACUAUUGACAGGUUUCUUCAGUGAUAAUACUGGAUAUAGAAAGGUUAUACCUAUGAUUCAGAUAGUGGCACAGAUGCUCAUUUGCGUGAACAAUUUAGUGCAAGUAUAUUUCAUGAAAGAGACCGGCCUGUUUUUCUUUGUGGCAGCUGAAGCUUUGCUGGAAGGGUUGGGAGGAGGGUACGCCAGUGUGCAGAUGACAGCCUUUUCCUACAUGGCAAAAGUGACGAGCGUAGAAGAGAGAACGUUUAGAAUCGGUCUACUGUACUUCUCUCACUCGGUAUCUAUGCCAGUAGGUCUGGCUAUUGUUGGCCCUUUACUGAAACAUUAUGGGUAUUAUUGGUGCUACAGUUUAUCUGGCUGCUUAAAUUUCAUAAAUUUAAUGUACAACUUGUAUUGGAUUAAAGAAGCGAAAAGAAGUAUUGAACAAAAACAGCACGACCGCCGAGGAUUCGUCUAUUUCGUCCGCCUCUACUUCACCUUCAGUAACGUCAAGGAGACGCUGCGCGUCGUGUUUAAGGAUGGACCUAAUAAUCGGCGCGUACGCAUCUUUAUCAUGCUGGGCAUAGUCAGCGUCCUGUUUGGACCUAUGUAUGGCGAACUAUCAGUAAUAUACAUGUCAACGAGGUACCGGUUCGGUUGGGAUGAAUUGCAGUUUAGCAUCUACCAGACAUACAACUUUAUCAUUCAUACCCUCGGUACUGUAUUCUCUCUUGUCGUAUUCAGCAAGAUAUUGAAAUGGCACGAUUCCUUGCUGGGCAUCAUUUCCACGACCAGCAAGAUCAUUGGCUGCUUUGUAUACUGCUUUGCGGCUACGGCAAUGGUAUUCUACAUGGCUCCUUUGGUUGAAAUAUUGAAUGGAACGUCUCUUCUAGCGAUGAGAUCCAUAAUGUCAAAAGUUGUGACGCCUGAUGAAUUAGGUAAAGUGAACUCCAUAUUUGGACUGACGGAGAACCUGAUGCCUCUGAUCUACGUGCCGCUAUACACCACAGUGUAUACCCACACUAUGGAAGUACUGCCAGGCGCUGUGUACCUCAUGGGAGCUGGCUUGUCUGUGCCAGCGGUCGCGGUUUUCGUUUGGCUGUUAUGUGAACACAGAAGAGAAGUACGUCGGUUAAAAAAAGAAGAACGUGGUGUUAUGGAGCCCCUUAAUAGAGACGCAGAAAUAUCUUUCAAUAUAGAUAAUAAAGAAGCUGGAUAACCCAGUGACAUGUAGUA